AUGCAUCUAUCAUCAACUAAACAACGUUUAAUGAAUAAAACAUAUACAGUAUUAUCAAAUAAAUAUUGUUCAUCAUAUAAUGAUGAUGAACAAGAUCAAUCGAUUUGUAUUAUGGAAAAUAACAGUCAAUUAUCAAGAACAUUGGACAAUAAUCGAUUUAGUACAUUUACAAAAUAUAAGAUCAAACAACAGCCAACAACACUUACUGUCAAUCAAGAUCAAAAACGAUAUUUUGAUUCACCAACAAUGAUUACACUCGAUGAUGAUGAUGAUGAUAAUGAUAUUCCACUAAUUCGUUGUUCAAACAAAAGAUCAAUUAAUACUAAUUCAAAACUAAGUCUUAAUGAAACCGAACUUAGUGACCUUUUGAUCUUUACUAAUCCAAAUCGUAUUUUGACUGAAUCAAUGCACGUUGUUAUAAGUCGUCAUCCAUCAUUACAAGAUUUUAAGUAUAUUAAUGAUGUAAGCAGUGUAUUAGUUGAGUCAUCUGAUAGACCAGAACCUAUCUAUCAAGAAUUAAUUCGAAUUGACCAUUUAAUAUCAACACCACCAACAGAUCAUAUAAAUGAUAUUGAUGAAAAUAAAGAAAAUCGACCGCCAUUAAUGCCAAUUAAAUGUUCAAAGUCACGUAUACCUAUUCGAACACCAUCAACUAGUAAGAAAAAUAUGAAUACACCUGAAUUGGUAGCAAGUACAAAAAAGAAAAAUCAAGGAAUGAAGCAACAACCGGCAACUAAAUCAUGUCUUUCCGGUAAAUAAAUAUCUUAUUAAAAAGUUUUUUUUUGAAGACAAAAUUUUCGUUUUUUCUAAUCAAAAUCGCUUGAAUGAAAACGAUAAAUUUUUGAUAUUAUCAAAAAUACAAAAGCGACAUCCAUGCAUUUUGUACAACCAUCUUUUACAAUUAAAAAUAGGUUUUCUGGGUAUUGCCAGGGAUCCCGAUUAGGCGGAGCGGGGGGG